AUGGAGCAUGUCGAGUGUAACGUUAUCUAUGUUGACCGAUCCGUGUCACGGGAUCGUUUUGUUAGAGCCAGCGACGAAAGCGGCGACAAUGGCGCUGUCGAGUGGGAGUCGGCGCAGGUUGCAGAGAAUGUCAAACUUCUACUGGACGUCUUUGGGGAAGUCCAUCUGUGCAGCACCGGAGUCGCAUGCCUGACUCAAUGGCUGGAUCUUCAAGAAACCUCGAUGGUGGCCCUCAAACCAACACUUUUCCUUCUAGACACCCCAUAUCAGGAGCAGAUACCCGAACGACCUCCCUCCAGAUCCCCAUCGCCGCUCUCUUCGUCCGCCGACGGCACAGAGAACCAUGAGGAGCUAUACGGGCUGGCAUUGAUGCGGAAGAUUAUCUCAGAAUCGUAUGUUCGGAAUUCGACAAAACUAGUUGUCACGAUUCCCGUCAUCGCUUUCCCCAACGGUGGCAGGCCAGAAGAGAUCGAGCGUUUGGACGGAUCCAGCGGCGAAAUCCCCAUCAGGCGAGCCAAUAUGAAGAUGCUCAAGAGGUGUCUCGAUCUCGGCGCCACUGAUAUCAUGGCGAGCCCUAUGACCGCCAACUGCGUUACUAACCUUGAGGUUCAUGCCUACCGCGCCCGUCGAGACGCUGCCCGCGAACAAAAGGCCAUGUUGGAAAUCCGUCGAGGCCGAAAACGAUCAUGGGUUGGCAUAACCGAGGAGAAGCCGUUUGCCUAUCUUCGAGAAGCCAUGGUGUCAAAACUCAUGAGUUGGAUUUGCCGCAUCGGUAACGAGGAUGAGGAUGGGUUAGGGAACAUCAGAGUGUCGGUUCCGGUGGAGAGGCAGGCCGAAGUUUCGCUGGCAGUCGGUCGAUGGCACUUUUGCGCCCAUCGUUUCACAGACGAUGAGCUUGUGGUGGCAGCUGCUGUCAUGUUUAAACAUGCAUUGUCCAUGCCCGAGUUGGAACCAUGGCGGAUCCCAACAGACCAGCUGCACAGCUUUGUUUUAGCCUGCCGGGCUGCUUACAAUGGAUUCGUCCCAUACCAUAACUUCCGCCACGUCGUUGAUGUUCUGCAGGCAACCUUCCACUUCCUCGUCUGUAUUGGGUCGUUACCGCCCUAUCCGUCGACCAGUCCUUUGCCUUCUCAGGCAAGACCAAAGUCCCCGAGUGCGCAGCUUAUAGCGCCGUUUGAAGCUUUGACGCUCCUCAUCACGGCUAUUGGCCACGAUGUCGGGCAUCCGGGUGUCAACAAUGGCUUCUUGGUGACAUUGAACGCGCCCCUCGCGCAGCUAUACAACGACCGGUCCGUCUUGGAAUCGUUUCACUGCGCCGCUUUCUCGCAAAUCCUGCGGAGGCACUGGCCUGCGGCUUUUUCCGAUACCAAGAUGCGCAGCCUCAUGAUCAGCUCCAUUCUCGCCACGGAUAUGGGCCUCCACUUUGACUACAUGAAGAAAAUGGCGGAUCUUCAAGGCCAGUUGCGCGCGAGCAGCUGUGUUGACGGUUGGAUUGAAAGCACCUGGAAUGAGCAGCAGAAAGCUCUCGCAUGUGCUCUGAUCAUUAAAUGCGCAGAUAUCAGCAACGUGGCACGACAGCAGGAUACGGCUUUUCAGUGGAUGCACGUUCUCGCCGAUGAGUUCUCCCGGCAGGCUACGAUGGAGAGAGAAUUGGCCAUCCCUACGUCUCUGAUGUCGGAACCGAAGAAGGAUAUGAUGUCGCUGGCCACGGCCCAGUUGAAGUUCAUGACCUUGUUUGCCAUUCCUCUAUUUCAGGGCGUUGCAGAUAUCCUACCCGCAAUGCAGUACUGCGUGGACGAGCUCCAGCUGAACAAGCGCUUGUUCGACAAAUGCCUUGCGGAAGAACAGGAGCGUGCCUCGUCCAAUCAAUCGAUACAGAAAGCCGUCGGUGAAGAUCUAUCACCCAAAACCAUAGCCUUCACAAACACACCGGAACCGCCAACUGAAGCGCAUCCUGCAAGAGGUCCCACGGAGCUUGUCCCGGGAUUCGCCGAACUUCAAUUUGCCACAAGCACCGCUAUCAAGCAAACUGACUACGACCAUCGGCCGGCCCGCGGUUCCGUACGAAUGGUGGAUGGGAUUGUAACGACCUUUGGACCAGCGAAUGACUCGGGUUGCAGCGACUCUAACAGCAUGGAUGACUACCAUGCUCGCGGCCUCACCAAACAGAGAUCUAGCGAGACCACCGAGGGCAGUUCGGCACCAUACACGACAGAUUGGGCUUCACAGGCAAACAGCGCGACAACGGGUAAGAUGCCGUUGUCACCUAGCACCCAGGGGACUAGCAUCGUCAGUAGGGAUUCAUUCGAACAUCCCGGUAGUGUCCCGGUGACAAGCGUGACAGCACCCGAGUCGACAACGACUGUCCCGGAGUCAUCAGCGGAAUCGUCAAUGAGCCAGACGGAGCUGAAGCUCGACAGAUAUCCGCCGGACGAGGAGGCAUCGGUGAGGAAUGGCUACACAAACGGAGCAAAGAAGUGUCUUCUAGUGCCAGAGGAGCCCAGUUGCAGGCAGCUGAAAAAGAAGCCUAGCCGUUUCCGAAUCAACGGCCUGCAUGCACUCUUCAGGAAACACAAGAGCUCGAGUCCGCCCAUGCAAGCCGCCGACACGGCCGGAUAG